AGAUUCAAGUGAUAAGUAAUAUUUGAGCGAUUAUAUUUUUUUUUAAUCUGUUUUCUAUAAACUCGCAUUAAAAAACAAAAUAAAAAAGCUUUCACCUUCAACCAAACCCUCCGUCGUAGCUCAGAUCACGAUCACCGUCACGAGCAAAGAAGGAGUGACUGUGAGAAAGAGAGGCGAAGAUGGUAGCAGGAGGAGAAGUAAAGAGGUCUGAGAUGAUGCAGAAUCUCUUCGGAGAUAAUUCCGAGGAAGAAGAGAUCGAUUCCGAACAUGAGUCCAACCCUCAGCCCAACUAUCAAUCUGAUGAGGCCGAGGGCGGGGUGGAGCCUGAAGAAGAAGGUGAAGCUGAGGUUGAAGCUCACGGAGAGGCUGAGGCUGAAGCUGAAUCUGACGGGGAACAGGGUGAUGUAGAACCUGAUCAUGGAGAAAGUGAGGGUGAGAGGGAGCAAAGUUCUCAGGAGGGUGAUGUUGCUGAUCGCCAAGAGGAAAGUGAAGAAGAAGAAGAAGAAGAAGUAGAAGAAGAAGUAGAAGAAGAAGAAGAAGGAGACGAGGAGAGAGUAGCCACAACCAGGAGACGAGAUGUUGUUGAGAGUGGAUCAGAGAGGUCUGGCGAAAAGCAUUAUGAGUCUGAAGAUGAAGAGGUUGAUCAGACUAGGAGGCCAAGAUCACCUAGUGAGGAGAAGGAAGAGGCUCAAGUUGCACAGUCAAACGUAAAUAUUCGUAAUGUAUUUGGAUCUUCGGAUGAUGAAGAUGCAGAAGAAUAUGUUCGGAAUGACAUUGUGCCAGACGAACCUAGAUCGCCAAUCGAAGAUGAAGAGGGCUCUGAGAAGGAUCAGAGACCUGACGAUAUGGUGCUUGAUGAUAUGGUCCCUGAAGAAGAUCUUCGAUACGAGUCAGAAGAUGAGCAUGUUGAAGCUAGGCAUAGGGAGAAGCCAGUUGGCCCCCCUUUGGAAGUGGAAGUUCCUUUCCGCCCUCCUCCAGGUCAUCCCUCAAAGAUGAACAUGAUAAAAGUUUCCAAUAUCAUGGGCAUUGAUCCAAAGCCAUUCGAUGCCAAGACAUAUGUUGAAGAAGACACAUUUGAGACAGAUGAAUCUGGAACAAAGAAGCGUAUUCGUCUGGGAAAUAAUAUUGUUCGCCAUAGGUUUGUUAAGAGUCGAGAUGGCAAAACAUAUGUAGGUGUACACUUCUUCAAACCUUUUCCCCCUUUUGAAUUUUCCAUCAAAGCUGUGAUGUACAUUCUGAUAUACCAAUUUCAUGAACCGGCAUAUCUUGGUAAGGUCUCAAAUAAUUUGAUGAAGAGUGAAAGUAAUGCUCGGUUUGUAAGGUGGUCAGAUGGAAGCCUACAGCUGUUGAUAGGAAACGAAGUUCUUGAUAUAACUGAACAAGAUGCACAACAAGACCAGAAUCACCUUUUAAUCAAACAUGAAAAGGGAAUCCUUCAAUCACAAGGAAGAAUUCUGAAGAAAAUGAGAUUUAUUCCAUCAUCUCUAACGUCAAACUCCCAUAGGCUUUUGACUGCCCUUGUUGACUCGAGGCACAAGAAGAAAUACAAAGUUAAGAACUGUGUCACUGAGAUUGACCCCGAGAAGGAGAAGGAGAAGAGAGAAAAGGCGGAAAGCCAAAACCUCAAGGCUAGUACAAAGCUAAGUCAAGCGAGGGAGAAAAUUAAGCGCAAGUACUCACUUCCUGUUGAAAGGAAACCACUUUCCACUGGUUACUUGGAAGGUGCUCUUGAAGAGGAUGACGAGAUAGACCACUAUGGUUCUCAUCGCUCAAACCGUGGCUUUGAGGAGGAUCUCGAAGCUGAAGCGCAACGAGAACGCCGAAUUAUGAACGCCAAGAAGAGCCACAAAGGCUUUGCGGGGAGGUCUUCAAUGACUUCAGCGAGACCAUCAAGGCGUCAAGUGGAGUAUUCUGAGAGUGAAAGAGAGGAAUCAGAGUAUGAGACUGAAGAAGAAGAAGAGGAAGAAAAGUCACCGCCACGUAGGAGGGUCAAGGAACCGGAAGAUGAGUAUGAGGAAGAUGCAGAAGAAGAUGAGGACGAGGAAGGAGGAAAGGCUAACAGAUAUUCAGAGGAAGAAGAAGAAGAAGAAGAAGAAGAAUCUGAGGGAGUAAGGGCAGACAAGAACCGUGGGAGUGGCCGGAAAAGGAAAGGGAUUGAGUCCGACGAGGAAGAGUCUCCGCCUAGAAAAGCUCCGACUCAUCGUCGUAUGGCCAUGGUCUAUGAAAGUGACGAAGAUUAACUUUUUUUCUUACAUCUUUCAUUCUCUCGUUUCGUCAAAUUUGUUAUAAUGUAGUCUGGAAUUAGACUCGUUUUAAUCAGAUUAAAAAAACCAUCAAAUCAUGGGAUCGAAUUGAUCAAUUUUCAUGUAAUAUUAGUUGAUGAUAAUAAAUAUGAUGUUUACCC